GGUUUUAGCUUUUCCUCAACGUUCAUCUACAGACAGUUUCAGUCUACAGACAUCCACUGGUGGAUAUAUUCCUCCUCCACGAUGAUCUUCAUAUGUUUCCUGCUGUAUACAAUAAUUCGAUGGUCUAUCUUAUAGGAAAUUUACACUGCCUUCGAAUGUGUGAUCGCCACUCGAGAAACUUUUAAACCCCAGUGGACAAACUUACUCUUCGUCAAUCUUUAUAAUUCGUUCGUUACUAUUCAUUACCAUAAUUCUCACGAGAAUUUAACAAUAUAUUUGAUUUGAUUGAUCAAAAAUUUUAUACCACAAGCAUUUACAUUUUUUUGUAUUUAAUCGAUUUCUUGAGAUGUUGGUCGGAAAAACACAAAAUAGGUCACGGAACGUCAUCGAAAAUCGAAAUGUCGGCGAACCAAGAACUGUUUGUCAACAUCGUAUUGAUUUUUUCUUUCUUUUCUAAAAUAUCAAACCAAUAAAUCAUCUAUUAAAAAAAAAUUUAUAUCCGUCGUCAUUGCAUAAAGUACAAAGCAAGUUUAUACGUUCAAAUCAAUCCAUUACACAUUAAAACGCAUCGUUUGCGUUAAAACAACGAAAAUGUGAACAUUCUAACAUUUUGCACCGUAUAUAUGUAAAACUAAUUUCUAUAAUAAUAUUACUUCUGUGGGACUGUAUCUAUUGUGAAUUUAAUAAGUGCGUUUAGUGCGUCGUUAGUUUAUUUUUAAUGAAAACAUCAAAACCGCUUUCCGCGAACGCCUUAUGACAUGAUGAAAAAAUCAAUAAAUUCAGCAGGGUCGCGGUUGCUAGGAUUUGAUUAACGCUAUGCAGUAAAAAACCGCCCGAUAGACUACACAAAUAUUCGAUAAUGCCAGUGCAAAUAUAAAAAACAGCAAAAAAAACACAGAGAGUAUAAUGGGGCAAAAAGUUAUACCCAUACUAAAAUGUAUAGUUUUAUUUCUGUUUAUUUUCACCGCGAAAGUUUUGACGUCGAACAAGCAUGAUUCCCAGGAGGUUAGAAACAGCUUUCAUCUAUUGAAAGCACAGAAUUAUAUAAGGACAUUUACGAAAUAUCACCAUAGAAGAAAUAUACACAAGAAUAAUGAUAUAAAUAACUUCUGGCUGAUGCAAGACCGCCAUACAUACAUGGGGAAAAGAGACCUAGAAAAUUUAGACUAUAAAGAUAUUGAAACAGUGAUUAAUGAGCCACUCAGUGAAAUUAUUUCUAGUGGGAGAUGGUUUGGAAAGAAAGAUAAAAUAAGAAAGAGAAGUGUAACAAAACCGAACGAAUUUGGAAGAUUGAAUGAUAUGAAUUCGAAUGAAUUGGUUUCGGGCAAUAUACCAGUUUUGAGUCAGUUUGCAGCUGACUCUGUCAGUAAACACACCAGUUCUAUAGAUCAUAAAAUUUCAAGCCAGUCAAAGGAAGUUAUAAUAAAAAAUGAAAUACCUAGUUACAUUAAGAAUACGAAUGUGAAAAAUGCUAUCGUUGUUACCGAUCCACCAACCACAAUGGGACCUACAAUAUCAUGUAUAUACAAAAUGCAGAAUGUGUUCCACAGUGCUACCCUGUCUUACGAUGAUGACACGAACGCUCAAACUAUGACAGUGAAUGAUGUUUAUAGAGAGAGGCCAAUAACAGAUAUGAAACUUGAAACCGGUGAAACAGUAAGAGUUGAACACUGUACACAUACACGAGAUGUUUGCUACACAUUCUGGCAUAUGCAGGAUCAAGGAAAUAUUACAAUACUUGGACAAGGUUGCUGGAGAUCAGCUGAAACAGCAAGGGGCAUUAGCACAUGUGACAAGUGCAUGCGUGCCCCCAAACGAUUGCCGGGUUCUAAAUUCUGCUGUUGUACCAAAAGUUAUUGCAACAGUGAUUUCUUAUCACUCAAAGAGGAGACGGUGACGAUAUCUGCCGAGUCUACAAUGAACACAGCAUCUCAGCAGCCGAGCUAUUCCAGCCUCGUCGCUUCGUCAUCCCUAGCCCUAGUCGCGAUACUUGUGAUGGCGAUAGUCGUUAAGACGUUUUAUUGCAAACGCAUCAACAUCGAUAAGGGGGAGCUUAGUGACGGAACUGAUGUCGAGAAAGGUGAUAUAAUGGGCAACUGCCCCGAUUCGCUGUCCACGGGACUACUGUGUGUCGACAAUCUGACGCUUAUCGAACAUAUAGGUCAAGGUAAAUUCGGUUCAGUGUGGCGCGGUUCAUUGGGCUCGACGCCAGUUGCUGUCAAACUGUAUUCCAGCUCUAGCGCCUGGCAGAAGGAGACGGCUAUAUACGCGUUACCUCACCUGUCUCAUCCAAAUCUACUCAGAUAUUACGGCAGCGAAACAAGACCCACUCUGACUGAGGGUGGCGGGAGGGAACAUCUAGUCGUUCUAGAGCUUUGUGUGGGAACUUUGAGGGCGAAGCUUCAGGCUCAGACGUUAAGCUGGUUGGAGUUCGCUACUCUGGCUCACGGGAUAGCCGCCGCACUGGCACACCUACAUACACCAAGUAAGUGUUUCGGGAACAAACCUUGCGUGGUCCAUCGCGACGUGAACAGCAACAACGUGCUCAUAGCGAGCAACGGCACCGCCAGACUCGCCGACCUGGGUCUGGCCCAAGUCUUGCAGCCCAGGAGAGAGCACACAGCUCCAAACAGGAUCACUGAGGCCGGUACCCUUCGAUAUCUCGCGCCCGAAGCCCUAGAAGGCGCGCUGGACCUCAGCGGAGCCCGGGCGGCCUUGUGCGCCGUCGACGUGUACGCCCUCGGGCUCGUCCUCUGGGAGCUGCUGUGGAGAACCGCCCCGGCCCACAGCGGGCCCACGCCCUGCUACAUGCUGCCCUACCAGCAUCUGGGGCUGCCGGCCAAUCCCACGCUGCAUCACAUGCAGACGCUGGUGUCCCGCAAGAAGGCCCGGCCUCCGGUGCCGCGCGGGCCGGGGCUCGCGCAGUGCACGGCCGCCGACACGUGCGACGAGUGCUGCGACCACGAUGCGGAGGCCAGGUUGACCGCGGUGUGCGUUGAGGAACGCAUGGCCGAACUGAAGCAGAUACUGCAAGCCCAGGGACCUCUGAUACACGAUAACAACUUGCAUCCGAAUUCGGAGACGAGCCCGCCCUCGCCAGCCGAUCAGGACAAGAACUCCAACUGCACGGCGUUACGUCACGGUUGUGACGUCACGACCCCGCUGCUCUACCCGCACCCGCACAUGGGCCGCAACGCGUGCAUCGAACGCAACACGCACACGAGCACGCAGCAAUACGUGACGCUCAUACACAAGAGCCUGAAGGACAUAUCCGACCCGAGCGACGCCAUCCGACUCGAGAACAUAGACGACAAUUGCUUGUCUGUGGCCAGGGGCUCGCCCAGGGUUGCCGUACCGGAAAAUUCGGGGCCGAACGUGACCAGGUCACACCAGCGCCCGCUAGAUUACGUUCAGAACGACGUGAGCCACCACGACGUCGACCGGGGACCGAAGCAAACCAAUUUACUGCAGGAGACAAGAACCGAGAAAACCGGAUGGGGCAUCAGGAAGUUCUUCGAGAAGUUCAACAAGAACAAAAUGGAUACGGAAGUGAAGCUCGCACCGGAAGGCCAGAGAACGAGGAUAUCCGUAGUUAACGACAAGAACAACUACAACAGACCCAGCAACUUGGUCCUGAGCCAAGACCCGAAUCUUAUAUACGAAGCGCCCUGCCUCUCGCCGCCAAAUCGAACCCUGUCCCCUAACAUGAUGGCGGACGCGACCUUCAAGGAGAUACCCUCGCACAACGACAGUCAUAUUUACGCGGUCAUCGUGCCGAAAGUCCAACCGGACGUAAGCGGUAUCAAGAGCAAGAACGGUAGCAGUUCGGAGAGUUUGAAACAGUCCGUAGGCACAUCCGCCUCAUCCCAGAGCGUUUACAGGAACAACUCUGAAUCCGGGGAUUGGACGCUCAAGAAUCGACUGAGCCGCGACAACAAGCCCGGCUCUAACAGCUCAUCCAGGGCCAGUAUCAAUUUGGAGUUGCAGUUCAUAGAGGGUGCGAACCCUGCGGCCAGUCCCUUCGAGUUGAACUCGGAUUGUUCUGGAAGUGAAGACGAGCAGCUGCUGCUUUUGUCCGAGAACGGGGGCUCGAGGAUCACGAUGCAGACGGUCAGCAAAGACCCCAAGUACCAGAACGACGUGCUGAAGGAGAGCCAAAAGAAAACGGUGACCUUCAACAAGAACCACAACCGCUACUCGAACUUCGACAACGAGGUCAGCGACCCCAACGAUAAAGAGAAUGUAGCGAAUGGCUACAGCGGAGACAACCCCGCCUACCUGCCCGCCCCCCCCAACGCCGCCGCCCCCGCGCCCCGCAAGCCCACCGUGCGCCGCCAGCGCUCGCUCGAGCAGGUAAGCGACAUCUUCAGCACGGUGAGCGACGUUAAACUAGUGAAGCCGGCGGGCCGGGUCAAGACCCCCGGCGACCUUCCCGUGGCCCUGCGCAAGGCCAGGCGCGACCGAGCCCUUCAGAAGGGCCGGGAGAGCGCCAACAGACUGAGCCUGUACGACGACAGCGUCAUGCUGGGGAACACCCUGUAGUUGCUCUACGUACGUGUCUUCGGUUGAGGAGUGCUAAAUGUUCGGAGUGUAACACACGAAUGUCGUUCCACCCAUUGAACGAACUAGUGUCUUAAGUGAGGUCCGGGAUCAUCGACACCUUCAUUUAGUCGGACUAUAUGACCAGUUGUCUUAAUCUAGUCGGAUUAUAUAACGAAUCGUCUUCAUUUAGUCGGAUUAUAUGACGAGUCGUCUUAAUUUGGUCGGAUUAUAUGACGAGUCGUUUUCAUUUAGUCGGAUUAUAUGACGAGUCGUAAUAAUUUAUUCAGAUUGUAUGACGCGUCGACUUCAUUUAGUCGGACUAUAUGACGAAUCGUAUCAAUUUAUUCAGAUUAUAUAACAAGUCGUGUUAAUUUAGUCGGAUUAUAUAUUGAGUCGUAUUAAUUUAGUCGGAUUAUAUGACGAGUCAUAUUAAUUUAGUGGGAUUGUACGACGCGUCGGCUUCGUUUAGUCGUAUUAUAUGACCAAUUGUCUUCAUUUAGUCCGAUUAUAUGACCAGUCGUCUUCAUUUAGUCGGACUGUAUGAGGAGUCGGUUUAAUUUGGCAAUUUUAGAAAACCGUCAAUAUCCCUUUUUAUAGGAAGGGUCUUUUGGAUUACAAGGCAGCUAAGACUUCUGAAGGUCUGAUUACAAAAGGAUGUCGGAAAAAAAAAACCAUACACCUCCAAUCGAUAAACUCCUCCAUUAAUAUUAAAAGUCGGUUAGUAAUGUCAUGAACAUGAAGAUUGAUGACUGAAUCGAAUCUCGUGCUGGCACGUGCUUGUUUUUGUUUUUGUUUUACUGUGAUAAUAUAGGCAAACGGAUAAUCGUAAGUCCGAACAUCAAUGUAUCGCUAGUUUUAGUCGUUUUACUGGUGGUAGGACGUCUUGUGAGUCCGCACGGGUAGGUACCACCGCCCUGCCUAUUUCUGCCGCGAAGCAGUAAUGCGUUUCGGUUUGAUGGGCGGAGCAGUCGUUGUAACUAUACUGAGACCGAAAUCAUAUCUCAAGGUGGGUGGUGGUAUUUACGUUGUAGAUGUCUAUGGGCUCCAGUAAGCUCUUAACGCCAAGUGUGCUGUGAGCUCGUCCACCCAUCUAAGCAAUAAGAAAAAAUAAGUCGUAUCAAUAAAUGUUUCGGUCAGGCGAGUCGAUGUUUUUGUGUUAUCUGUGCUGAUUGUCUAUUACUGUGUAUUAACUGUUGAAGUAUUUUGACGGCUCUUUUGGCGGGAACGCUAAGAGCGAACUUGUGCGAAUUUGUUACAAUAAUUUAGUGUUUUUUUUUUUAUAACUGGUUCAUUUACCUUUAAGCAUCUGUGAAAGUACACGAGUGUGGGAAGAUAUAAAGUCGCUGGACGUGACUCGUGGGGCUCUUAAAAAAAGCUCAUUUAAGUCUCGAUAAGCUUCCACAAUUUUUACUAGGGCGUUAUUUCAUAUCAUUUCAUUCCAACGGAUUUCAAUUUCAAAUAUAUUAAAUAAAAAUAAAUUCCGCUCCAUAUUCCAUUUUAAAGUAUUCGUAAUAAUAAAUAAUUAAAGAUUUUUAUUAACUUCGAUACUGGCAACAAUGGCGUCGCAAGAAGCCAAUUUAUUGCCAUUAAAAGAAUAAAAGUAUGCGUGAAAUAAUUUUGUACUUUAAAUUAAAUAUUUUUUAAGUGGUAACAGUUGAUCAUGUUGCGAUGUUUUUUUUCUUUUCUUCUUUCUUAAUUGAUAUUACCUAAUCUCGAAUAAGUAUUGUAUAAUUUAAUUGCAAUACGUCUCGCGACAGUAAGCUGCGUCCGUAAAAGCUCCUAUCAAGUAAGCUAGGCUUUGUCUCUAUGAGUACCUUGCACGGUAUGAUGCCCGGUGUGAGAUUCCGAAUCCUCCAGUGUUUUAAGGUUUCCCAAAUUCACAUUUAUGCGGGUUUGCUACGUGAAACAAAAUCUUGAAGAGUCGCAGUCAACACAUUGUCUUUUCAUUCGAUCCUCGCCAAGACAAUAUAUCUCAUACUUACCCAAAGGUCGUAGAUGAGUAAAUAGAUGAUUUUUUUCCUACCUAUUCGCUGGUAGACUAAGAGACUACGCCUAGACAGGUAGGUGAGCUCACGGGCUCAACCUGAGAGAAUUUGCUAACACUAGCUCUAACAAGAGCAGUGCUUCCCAGAAUCUACCAUCGUACUAAAGAGAGAGAGAGAGAGAGAGAGAGAGAGAGAGAGCAUUCUUUAUUGUACAAAAAAAACAAUGCGAAACGUUAAAUACAAAAAAAAGUACAAUUGGCGGUCUUAUCGCUAAGAGCAAUCUCUUCCAGACAACCAUCAGGUGGAAAAGAAUCAUUUGGAAACAAAUUACACGCGGUUUUUCCAAUCAAUUGAAAUAUACUCGUAUAUAUAAACACAUACACACAUACAUAUAUAUACAUGCACAAAUUCCUUACAUAUAUUAUAAACAUUUAUAAUAAACAGCUCUAGACUGACUCCGUGGUGCAGCGAUUAGCGGCUUUGACUAUUGCGCCAAGGGUCGUGGGUUCGAUUUUUGCAUAGAGCAAAUUUUUUUUGUGAUGAACAUUUAUUUGCUCUUUGUCUGGAUGCUUACUAUCUAUUCAUGUGUAUAUUUAAACAUAUAUCGUCUUCUCGCAUUAAAACUGUAUAAUCUCAAAAUUUAAAAAUUUUACAGGAGAGUAUUUUAAAGGUUUAACGUUUAAUAUUUUUAAUAUUAGUCAUAUUUGCAACAUCUAUUUUUUAUUUUUUACCAGUUACAUUAUCUGUCUUUUAAAGUAAAAUAAAAUUAUGUAUUAAUUUUGUUAAUAGCAGUCAAAACAUAUUCUUAUCUUAUCGCCUCUCUUAUUGCGCUAACAGGGUUCCGUCUUCAUGGAAGACCGCCCACGUCCACCCUAUCCCCAAGAAGGGUGACCGGUCGGACCCAUCGAGCUAUAGGCCUAUCGCGAUAACUUCCUUGCUUUCCAAGGUGAUGGAGCGAAUAAUAAAUAUACAACUCCUGAAGUAUCUUGAAGAUCGCCAGCUGAUCAGUGACCGACAGUACGGUUUCCGUCACGGUCGCUCAGCUGGCGAUCUUCUCGUAUACCUUACUCACAGGUGGGCUGAAGCCUUGGAGAGCAAGGGCGAGGCUCUUGCUGUGAGCCUUGAUAUCGCGAAGGCCUUCGACAGGGUCUGGCAUAGGGCACUUCUGUCGAAGCUACCAUCUUACGGAAUCCCCGAGGGUCUCUGCAAGUGGAUCGCUAGCUUUUUGGAUGGGCGGAGCAUCAUGGUCGUUGUAGACGGUGACUGCUCUGAUACCAUGACCAUUAACGCUGGCGUUCCACAAGGUUCGGUGCUCUCCCCCACGCUUUUCAUCCUGUAUAUCAAUGACAUGCUGUCUAUUGAUGGCAUGCAUUGCUAUGCGGAUGACAGCACGGGGGAUGCGCGAUAUAUCGGCCAUCAGAGUCUCUCUCGGAGCGCGGUGCAAGAGAGACGAUCUAAACUUGUGUCUGAAGUGGAGAACUCUCUGAGGCGAGUCUCCGAAUGGGGUGAAUUGAACUUGGUUCAAUUCAACCCGAUAAAGACACAAGUUUGCGCGUUCACUGCGAAGAAGGACCCCUUUGUCAUGGCGCCGCAAUUCCAAGGAGUAUCCCUGCAACCUUCCGAGAGUAUUGGGAUACUUGGGGUCGAGAUUUCGAGCGAUGUCCAGUUUCGGAGUCAUCUGGAAGGCAAAGCCAAGUUGGCGUCCAAAAUGCUGGGAGUCCUCAACAGAGCGAAGCGGUACUUCACGCCUGGACAAAGGCUUUUGCUUUAUAAAGCACAAGUCCGGCCUCGCGUGGAGUACUGCUCCCAUCUCUGGGCCGGGGCUCCCAAAUACCAGCUUCUUCCAUUUGACUCCAUACAGAGGAGGGCCGUUCGGAUUGUCGAUAAUCCCAUUCUCACGGAUCGUUUGGAGCCUCUGGGUCUGCGGAGGGACUUCGGUUCCCUCUGCAUUUUGUACCGUAUGUUCCAUGGGGAGUGCUCUGAGGAAUUGUUCGAGAUGAUACCGGCAUCUCGUUUUUACCAUCGCACCGCCCGCCACCGGAGUAGAGUUCAUCCAUACUACCUGGAGCCACUACGGUCAUCCACAGUGCGUUUCCAGAGGUCUUUUUUGCCACGUACCAUCCGGCUAUGGAAUGAGCUCCCCUCCACGGUGUUUCCCGAGCGCUAUGACAUGUCCUUCUUCAAACGAGGCUUGUGGAGAGUAUUAAACGGUAGGCAGCGGCUUGGCUCUGCCCCUGGCAUUGCUGAAGUCCAUGGGCGACGGUAACCACUCACCAUCAGGUGGGCCGUAUGCUCGUCUGCCUACAAGGGCAAUAAAAAAAAAAAAAAAAAAAAAAAAAAAAAAAAAAAAAAAAAAAAAAAAAAAAAAAAAAAAAAAAAAAAAAAAAAAAAAAAAAAAAAAAAACAUAGGUAAACUAAAAAAAAAAAGAAAAACUAAACUACCCUCUUUUGACAGUAUUUAUGAGAAAAAUACUGGUGAUACCAAAUGUUUACGCAUAUUAACUCAAUUUUAAAUAUUUUGGGGAAUUGUACACUUUUAAUGCGGAAAGGCGAUAUAGUUUGUUUAUCAGUCUCUAUUUCUCUAGUAGCCGAUAACACAGGGAAUCCUAAAUUGGGACCUGAUGACCGUGCGUGAUGUUCCAAGUGUAAAUAUGGUAUAUGUAAAUAUUAUGUAUAUGGAAUGUUCCAAGCUAAUUUAUCAUUUAUUUAAUCUUAAUACAAAUCUGUAAAAACUCGAAAGUAGUCGAUUAUAAAUGAUUGUCCACUUGCAUCCAAAAAAAAUUUCUUUUCGUAUCUAAGCUGGUAACCCAAUAUGGUUAUGCCAGAUUAACUUAACGAGGGAAUCCACGAAACAAACACAGCUUAUUGUCGCGAGCACAUUGAUCUGAAAAACGUAUUGGUAUUCGCAUUUCUCAUCUUUUCAAUGUUGUUUAGUCGAUUUUUAACAUUAUUAAUAUUAAACAAAUGUUACAAUGAUCUGUCGAUUUGUAUUUUAAGAAAAAUUUACCAAUAAAAUUUGUCAGUAAAUACACUUCAAGCAACACGAUUCAGCGCAGUAUUUUCCGGAAUAAUAUUAAAUUAAUGGAUGUAUAUGUACAUAGCUUAGUCGAGUGCUAAUUUUUGGCAGCCAUUUUUAUUGAUUCCUUGUUUUUUUUUUAUUAAUUUUUUUUACUAGUUUUAUAGGUUAACGGUUUGUUGAAUAGGUCUGAUAUGAAGGUACAAUUUUUAAACAUCAUUGAAGCUUUAAUCUUUUUAUUAUUACUAUUAUUAUUUUUGUUUUGUUGUACAUAAAUGACGUUCUUAUUGUAACUUUUUUUUUAUUUGUUUUUAUUAUUAUAUUCUGUAAUCAUUCCAGGUUGUAAAAAUUGGUUUUAUGCAUUCAGAGUUCAAAGUUGAUUUGUAUAUUGUUGUGAUUUAAUGUGAUGCUCUGUCAACUUCGGGUGCGGUCUCGGUGCUAGCUAGCGUUAAACGACUCUCGUCCCAGAGUUCGUAAGGUCGAAAUUUGGUAUUACGAUUCUGUGUUACAUACGUAAUAAGAUUUCGUGACAGUCAAAAACAAUUAUUUUACGCCAUAAAAUUUGAGAAACAAAAUCAUAAGUAGGAUGACUAUUAACUGCUUAAAUUGGACAACGACCCAUUAUGGAUUUGCUCCUACUACAGCUGCCAAAGGCGUUUCACUGAUGAAAUUCUGAGGCACUGACUGAGACGCUGUUUCUAUCUCUUAACGUCAGGUCUGACCCUGCUAAUGAUCUAACACCAGACGCACGGUCUUAAGUAUUUUAAAUUUUACCCCGGGACGAUGUUGAGAGAUCAAGUCAUUUAAAAAUAGAACACCAGACGCGCGGUCUUAAGUAUUUUAAAUUAUAUCCCGGAACGAAGUUAGGGAUUCAGUCGUUUAAAAAUAUAACACCAGACGCGCGGUCUUAAGUAUUUUAAAUUUUACCCAGGAACGAAGUUGAGAGAUCAAGUCAUUUAAUAAUAGAACACCAGACGCGCGGUCUGAAGUAUUUUAAAUUUUACCCCGGAACGAAGUUGACAGAUUGUCAUUUAAAAAUCGCUUAUCACAUGUCUACAAAUAAUCACUAUUCCCAAAUGUUACUGUAUAAUUAUUAUUAUAAGUGAUAUUUAAGUUGAUAACUAAUUUAUUUAAGGCAUGUUUAUAUAUCGGUGGCCUAGAAUGCUAAUCCGGGAAUUUGUUAUUUUAUUAUUAAAAAAAACCUUUUUUUAUGUUACCCUCUUCGAUUUCUUAUCUAAGGGCGGUUGACGGCAGUCGGUCCUUUGAUCCUGGUAAGCACUGAAUACCAACUGGGCCAUAAGCUCGUUCACCCACAAAUGUAAAAAAAAAUAUUGUGGGUACUUUCAUGUCACAUCUCAAUUGUAUUCUUUGACGGUUUAAACAAAAACAGUUUAUUUCCAAGCUAAGUUUCAUUGCUUGUCCAAUAUUUUCGAUAUUGAACCCGCAAUGUACUGUGUUAUCGUCUAGUGAGCACUACGAAAAGAAAAUUACAAAAACCAUCAGUUUGUGUAACUCGUGAAUCUAGAUAACCGAUUUAUAAGCGUGCUUUAGUGCAAUGGCUCUUGACUCGUUACAGAUAAGGUCGGAAAUCCAUUAAACAUAUAAUUCGUUUUAAUAUAUUGUAGAAUAUAUGCAACCAUUUGAAGAUAUAGUGUUCGAUUAAAUCUAAACCUUUUAGUCUUAGGUGUUAAGUCGAGAUUUCAAGAAAAGAAAAAUGUAUUUGUUAAUAUCUCUGUAUAAGUGUAUACAGAUUACUGUAUUAUUUUACCGGGAUUACCCCGGUAUCCCCGUAUAACACGGUAGAUUGGUUCCGCGUUAUAGGAAACGCGUUGUUGGGCUAAUCUCGCAUAAUGCGCUUGUAUGACCCCAUAUAACGCGUUAUGUACAAAUAUAAUAUGCAAAUAUUUGUAAGUUAAGUAGAAGAACAUAAUUCUAUUAUUUUUAUAUUUAGUUUUUUUUGUACAAGGUUUUUACAAUUCAAAAACAAAGAACACAAAUUUAAUAAAUUAAUUUGAUUUGGUUUUAUAACAACACAAUUGACAUAAUGUGCAGAGGUGCGCGAAAUUAAUUAUGAGCUUUACAAAUCAUUUUAAAUUUCACAGUACAGAAAUAUAAUCUCGUGUGAGAUCCCCGCGUUAUAUGGGAGAAGAACCGUGUUAUACGAGGGUCUGAAAUCGCGUAAUAUGAAAAUGCGUUAUAAGUGUACCGUCUUAUUUACUUUACAAGCUAUUUCAAGAGAAAUCCGACCUCUCUAGUUAUGAUGUCAAAAGCUACUUACUGUUCUCGUGUUUUAUAUGUUAACUUAUUUUUAAUAGUGUCUGAAUUUAACAUUGAUUGCAAUGGGAUAAUUUAUUGAUAAAUUAACGUCUCUUAAUACAACUUAACACGUUGACUGCCGUGUAGGUCAGCGAUGCCCUACGUGGGGCACUAAAGUAAUUAUGUCGAUUUCUGUCUUCGAUCUUCUUACUAAGGUGCUAGAAUAUCUAGUAGACUCUAGGAAAGACGAAUCCGAAGAUGCUAAGAUACAUACAUUAAAAACAAAAAAAGACAAAGGCAAUUCCGGUGCUUACUAACAGAAAUUGACAUAAUUACUUCAGUGCGUCACGUAGGGCACCAGUGACCUACAUGGCAGUCAAAGGGUUAAUAAAACAAUGUAUUCGUUUGUUUUCCUAUCGAUAUCUGGUUAUCGGAGUAUUGGCACUGUUAAUGACCCGUGCUCGCCUGUCAAUGUUUUACAACAGUAAAAUUGGAUGAGUUUUUUGAACGUCUCUUCGAAAGCCACAUCCAAAGUUUACGUAGUCAAUGUUAAAUUUUGAUUGAGAUCGUUCCGUUUUUAAACAUUCUUCUGUUAUUAUUAUUAUACAAUUCUCGCACGUAAUAAUAUAAAAUAUUAUAGUAUUAACGAAUCGGAAAUAUAUAUAUAUAUAAAAAUAAAAAAAUUAUAAAAACAGUUGAUGAUAUUGUAACCAUAAAAUUUAUGUAAGUCAUAAGCAAUAAUAAAAUGUAAUAAUAUAAAAUGUCAUAGAGUAUAAAUAUUAAGCUGAGAAGUAGGAAAUCUUUUUUUUUUCUUCUAACUUUUACUCAAUUGGAUAAAAAUCGGAUUCAAAAUCAAAAUCACGAGCUUAUACUUCAAUAUUGAAGUAACGUGAAAUAGUUUUUGAAUUUUAAGAAUAUAAUAUAAGACCAAGUUUUUUUGUAUACUCAAUAUAUUUAUACUCUAUGACGGAAAGUUUACAUCAAAAAUACAUCAAAAAAUCUACAAAGAGUUACGUAAAUUACAAAUUUUAAUUACAAAGAAAGUUAUAAUAUUAAAACAUGUUACGAUGGAAAUUAGAAAUGAUUAAACAAAUGAGAAGUUUAACUGUCAUGUAUGUUCAUCAUCCUCUUGCCUCAUCAUCUUUUUGGUUCUGUCAGCGGUUACGUCAAUGUCAUUAUAAAUAUGAAGUGAUUCAAAACCUUCGGCUUAAUCUUCUAAAACUCAUUUUUUAUUCGUGCAUAUUUUUUUUAAAGUAAAUCCUUUUUUCUCAAAAACUUCGAAGUUCUGUAUCGCUAAUUGUUUUUCAAUUUGCAUUAUAUCAUAUAUUAACAAUACAAGCGUGCGAUUUGACCAAUUUUCAAAAUGAAAUGAAUUAAAAGUUUAUUCGUUUUUGGCUUUUUAAAUACACAUAGACAUAUUAUUUUGUUUGUACGUAUGUGGCCGUAAUGCAAGUUAACAUGAUCGACAAUAAAACCCGACAUAACUAUAUCGACGAGAGAAAGUUUAAAUGUCGUAACUUGCAUUUUGGGCUAAAACACUUUUUACCAUAUUACCUAUGUUCUAAUUAUAUAUCGACGCUUGAAAGGCAAACAUGACUAAGCAACAAUAACUGCUUUGUACAUAAAUGAUAGGCAAUAACCAUAUUCGAUGAGAUCUAUUAAAAUCAUUUCAAUCCUACAGCUACUAGCUAGAUUCCACUACAGCUAGAUUCGUUAAAAUAAAUUUUGUUUUCAGGGUAUUUCAACUUUAAAUUAGUCUAGUUCACGCAUUGUCGCUUAGUCACGUUUGCCUUUCAGGCGUCGAUAUAAAAAAAUGAAUUGCUGUUCGUUAGUCUCGCUAAAACUCGAGAACGGCUGGACUGAUUUAGCUAAUUUCGGUGUUGAAUUAUUUGUGGAAGUCCAGAGAAGGUUUAAAAGGGCCAGUUAGCAUUAUAUAAUAUAAAAAUGGCUCUAGUGUACAGUUGGCAAUUUUCAUGUUACGACAAUUCCGCUUUCAUCCGUCGAUAUACAAUACACUGGGUUGCGUAUUUCAUGUAUUUCAAAAUGUAACCGCUGACAGAAUGUAUUACGUUGAUUUUCACAAAAAGAUCCGUGUGUUUAGUCCGAGUUUUUUAACGUUCUCGAUAGCGUAAAAGUUAACUCUUAUUUGUAUGGAAUUGAAACAGCGCCCCUAGCGGCAAACGUAGGGACUGUACGCGAUCGAGAAAUUUUAAAAAGUCGCACUAAGCACAUAACGGUAGUUUUCCAAUUACAGAGCAUAAUGCGACUCAGUGACGCGCAAUGCCGAAUUAUGCUGAAGCUUAAUUGGGACGUGAAUUAGUUUUCAAAUGCAUCAGCAGAGUGCGCUAAGUUAGUACAGUUUUAAUUAUAAUAACCGGCAAACUUCUUGAGCAUUUGUUGACGUAGUGGGGGUAAGUUUGCGCAUGGUACACUCACGUGCAAAAACAUUACUUACUCUGCGUCAUAAUGCUAUUAAAUUAUUAAAAUCAACUAUUUAUUUAUAUAUUUAUUAGAACAUCAACAAAACAUAUAGGUUAAUAAUUGUAAUAAUUUAAUCUUGGGGUAAAAUAGAUAUUCCUUCUAUUAAGUCAAAAUUAGAGCUGUUGCCAGAUCUUGGUUCAGUUAAAGCGAAGCUGGUAUUUGUAAUUUUUUUUUCGUUAUCACAAUCUUGACCAUCAUCAUCAUCACUGUUUUCAUCACCCGAGUCGCUAUCAUCGUGAUGAGUCGACAUAGGGCUCAUCGGCGUAGUUUACAACUCGGUCGAUUCGGCCUCCUUUUUUUCUAUAAUUAAUUAUUUUUUGAAGAUAUUCGAUUCGUAGUAAUCGAAUGUUACUUUUUUCAUUUACCAGCUUCCGAUUAUUUUCUGUUCUUUUUUUCAUCUGAAGCCUAGCUCUUUCAUAAUUCGUCGUAAGCUUCAUUCCGAGCCAUUAAAAUUUAUAUCUUCUUUAAAUUUUUCGAAGCCUUUCUACGGUACGGAGUUUCGCUGCUUGUUAUGUAGUUAUUAUGAUUACAUCUUUUUAUUACAGAUUGAACGAAACUAUCCAUUCCGGUAACUUUCUUCUUCCCUGAUCUUUUCUUACCCGGAGUCCGAAACACGGCGAGCAAGCCAGAGCCUUUAGCUUCGUUAAUAAUGCACCUAACAGUACUCACUGAUGUUUUUGUUGCUUCCGAAGUCUGUUUUAAUUUUUCCAUAUCAUUCUUCCCCUGUUUUAUAAUGAAGCAAUAUACGUCGUACACAAAUUUUCUACCCUUUCUUUUAAGUACUACACCAGUUUGUCAUGGCAUAGUGUAUGUUUUAUAAAAAAUCAACAAACACUCAACAAAUAGCAAUGGCAACAAAGUCCACAAGCAAUUAUAACAAAUAACUUAACGAUUAAUAACGAUAGACUUUCCACUGUACGCAAGCGUACUUAUGGGAGCAAGCGGAAUGAGGGCGCGGUGCGGGACGCAAGGUUCGACUGAUCUACCAAUAACGCGCUCGAUACGAUUUCCCCUGCCGUCGCGCCUCACCCUCACCACCAAAGUGAUCUAAAAUUCGGUUCUGCGCAGUCAAGGUCAUUUGCUCAAGAAGUUUGCCGAUUACUAUAACAUUGAUUAUUUCUAAGAAACUACGACGAAACGAAAGCCUUAGAAUUUUUUUCAACAUAAAAUAAUAUUACUAACGAUAAUAUAAACAAAAUUUCGAUCAAUGCCAACUUAAAGAAAAAACACUUGUCAAUUUUCUGUCACUGAGUCGGUAUCGAUCGCGAGUAUCACGCGAGAGCAGUACUUUUGAGAGUGCUCGAUUCUGCGAAGCGUUGCUGUAGUUGGAACAUUCAACGUUGAGCAUUAUGCCGCAUAAUGCGCUCUUGUGCUGUCAUUGGAAAACUACAAACGUAACGUAAUGGGUGUGAACUAAAAAGUGACUAUUUAGAAACAAGCAAUAUUCAUUGUACAAAAUCUAGUUGUGAUUUUUAUGCUUCUUCGGUUCAAUUUAUGCGCUUGUUGGUAUUAUUAUUGUAACGAGUAAUUUUCGCGUACGGAAUAUAAUAUAAUGUUUUUAAUAUA